CGUAUAUAAUAUAACCUAUCGAUGGUUAUAUUAUCAUUGCCUAAUACUUCCUACAUGCACGAAGCUCCAACAUCCUCCAAGAACCUACUCGUAACCUGAACCUGGCCUCGAAUUUAUUUCAUUUCCGUCAGCGUCGAAUGUCAUUCAAUACUCAGAAUGAAUGAAUUACUCGGGGGAAUUACAUGAAGUCUGGCAACAUCGAAACUGUUGGGGCCCCUAUUGGCUCACAUAAGUACUAACAGAAAAAAUACGUGAUAUUUGCCGAAAGCUCCCGCUCCCAGGAAGUAUAUAGUUUGUCUCUGUUUUCUAACAAAACGAAACGUGACUAUAUUUCAAGAAGUAGCACAAAAGGUCCUUUAAGAACUAAAAAUAGCAUACUACUACUACUAGCUACUACAUGGUAGCCGUUUUCUACAUCACCUAUUUAUUCAUAUACCUAAACCUAUACGCAACAAACUUUAUCGCCUGUACUGUAUGCAGAGUGUAUGGGUUCUAUUGUUUAUAUAAUAAAGAAAGAAAGAGACGGAGUAACCUCGCUUCAACUUACUUGCGCAGCAACCGCACUUUGGUUUGGGAUAGCCACUUUAAACAAUUGAAGGAGUGAGAACAGAUCUUAGUAGAGUACCUAUUCCAAUGGACGCGUAUCUAAGCGAUUCUGCCUGUUUUUUGUGAUUACAGUUAUAAUGGAUUCUAUACGUUUCUUGUUAGUUUUAACAAUUGCUGUACUAAUAGUGCAGAAUGGGGAAGCCCUCAGAUGUUGGACGUGUAACUCCAAUGGUGGUGGCGACGGAUGCGCCGACCCUUUUCUCGGAUCCGCUGACGUAAGAGAUGACUAUAUGGUGUUCACGAGGGAUUGCGAAGGUGCACACGUUCUAGAGCUACUGCCUAAUGGAACUGAACACGCAAAUAAACUUGGCCCUGGAUUGGAACUUCUCUGCCUAAAACUGACUGGAAAAAUUUUAGGAAAGGCGCCGGUCGUGAUGCGGACAUGUGCGUCAGGGUUUCCCAACCUCACUGAGACUUCUUGUAUGGGUUCUAACCCUGCAAAUGCAACAGGGGGAAACAUAGAAACGUGCGAUGCCUGUGCGGGCGACUUGUGCAACUGGGCUACCAGAGUAGGACCGGGGGCCGUUGUACUGUUCGUGCCACUGCUCCUGUUGUUCACGUUGACGUAAAGUGCGCUGCGGCUCCGAGACGUCACCAGAGGGCCUACCGCGAACACCGAAGUUCACAAGUUGCAGGUCAUCUUUCUCUGUCACUCUAAUAACGCCUUAAUUGAAGUGAAAGAGAAUGAUGCCCGCCGAACUUCGGUGUUCGCGGUAGGCCCUCAGGAUUCAUACAUCACGUUAUGUUCUACCUACGUAAGUACUUAAUUACAGUUAUGUUAAGUGUUUUCGGUUAAUAUCUACUUACUGAAUAUCGGGUAAUUUCGUAUGUGGACUUUGAUAUGAUGGAAUUAUAGGAGAUUUUCACAAUUGCUUUUAAUUAUUAUUUGAAUUUGUCUUGUAGGUAUGUGUGUGCCAUAUACUAAAUAGACUAUAAAUAUCUAUAGUUUAAUAAAUAACCUUUUGCUGUUAAAAAAAUGUUUUUUUUUUAUUCCAUUUGUAUUUUAUAAAAUCUUAUGUUUUAACUAAGAAUUUUAUUAUAUAAAUUCAAAAUUUAUUUAGAUAUUAGGGUCAGUUCAGUUGACAUGUAUGAUAUGACUAGAGACUAUACUUGUAAAACGAGUAUGUAUGUUUACUUAAUAGUAUGUUUUGCAUUUACCGACAAGAAGUUUUUUUUUCGUAUUAAUGUAAUAAUUAUAAGUUUUAUAAUGAUUAAAUGUAUUUUAAUUUCCAUAAAACAGUAUGUAUAUUUUUAAUUACCAGACCAUACGCAAGUACGAAUUAAAACUAAGUAAAUAACAAUACGUAAACGCAUGUUAUUUGUACAUUUAAUUUCCGACGAUUUAUAUUUUUGUACUAAAACAUUGGUAAUUUUUAAAAUUCUUUUUAAAGCGGCUGUACCUACGUAGAUAGAUGCAGGUUAGGUUAGACAGGUUUAUUUCGACGUAUUUGUCUUAAUAAUAAUAUUAUGUAGGUAUGAGUACAUUAGGACAGUGAUUAUACAGGGUGUUUAUUUAGUCACCUGCAAUAAUUUAUAGGUCAUUCUGAGCAACUUUUACUAUGGAACCAAACCCGGAAUCACGAAAACAAAUUGGGUGUUUCAUACAUUUUGGCUGUCUGACCUUGACAUUUUGUGUGUGCAGGCUCGAAACGAACCACUACCUAGUCAACGUGUCAAUCGUUGAUAGAAAACGCUAAUCGAAACUAUGAAGCAUGGAAAUAGUCACGUGAUUUUUCGUAGCAUCUGUCUUCUCGAUUCAUUUUUUUUCGCUUGGCGUAAUCUUGGCUGGCCCCUGGCUGUGCACCCUGUAGACCGCGGGCCAGGAGCAUAUUUCGUCAGUCAUCGCCUCCCGGCUGAUACUUCGUCAGAUUUAGAUGCUGUUCUAAACUAAAAAAACCGUCAGCCGGUUCUAUCGCAGUGGAAUGACUGUCAGCUGUAAAAUGAACAUGUAAAAAAUAUGCGCCUUACCA